UAUUCGCUAUUCGGGUUCUCCAGACACCCAUGCAUUUUCACGUUUAGAGACAACUGAAAACUAAAAAGAGCCAAGUUAAUUUUUGCGUAACUUUCGGAAAGGAGGCGGAGAUGAUUGACACCCUUCUAAAUCUUGACGUUUCGACGGUCUAGGAGUUUUCGGUCGCCUGUGAAUAACAACCGCCAUAAAAUCGCAGGAAAAAAAAAAGGCCCGCGUAACAGUAACAUUUUUCGCGGAGAUAAGCAAAGCAGAGCUGCGUGAGUGAUUGAGACAUACGCAACGAUCACGGUCUGCUUUUCCUUGCAGUCUCAUGAAUUCUUGGUUUCAUGAGCAAAAAUGGAAGGGGUAGUGAAACAUUGUGGUCGGACAGCGUAAACAGAAUUGGGAGCCAUUCCAUGGACCGAUGAGUGGUUUUUGUAGUCAAUUUUUAAAAACACAGCCCAGGAGUGGGUACUCGCGAACCUGUCCGGACAAUCUGAUCAACAUUUUAUCUACAGACUGACCUCAUGGUGGAAAACACCCCCGCCAUUUCACACGAGCUUGGGCUGAGUUUACAUUGCUCGUGUACAGACCGCGCCUCUUUUUUAUCAUUCGGUCAAGGUUGUCAGUUUUUUGACGUUGUGGUCACCUGGCUAAGAUGAAACGUACCUGGGACUCAAUACACUAUCUAUAUCACUGCAUGUCAAUCGCUUGAGUUUUUGCCUUCCGGGUGUCAAACAAGGUUUUUAGUAGAUAAAGGCAAAGUACAAAACUGAAAUUUAGCCAUCAGUUGUAUUUAGUUUAUGUUGCAAUUUUGCGUGAAGUUUCUUUACCCAAAGAUGCUCCUAAUGCGUUUAAUGAUACUUAAAAGCCUGAAAUUCCGUGACUGGUUUUUUCUAACUGCCAAGAACACUUCAAUGAUGCGUGAUAAAUUCAAAUACAUGUGACCCAUAAGUAGUUUCCAAGAUCACACGUAAGAGCAAACUACUAGCAAGGUAUUUUUGUGUUUUGCGUGUUCAAAAAAAUAUAUUUUUGUCGUGCGUCAUUUGUACAUUUUUUGUGAUAUUGAUUUUACGAUGAAGUAAACAUGAAAAACUCCGAUUUUAGGACUUGCUAAAGAAUAAUCACAGGCCAAUCGUAGGAAAUACCAUGAAUGGCAUGAUGUCAACACGCGCCCUUAAAAAUCCAAACAGGUCCCGGCAUUUGUGGCUUUAUGAUCACAUCGUUUUGCAAGAAAAAAAGCCAGAGGUAGAUAAACACGAUACUACAAUUCGAGUUAGCAGUAUAAGAAAGAGAGAGAAGGAAAACGGUGGGUGGUAUCACCUGGUAUUGCACAGCUUCGAACCAAUCAGGAACCCCUUGAAAAUAUAUUUUCCCUAAAUAAAGAUAUCAAAAGUUUUUAUGACACAAAAGUCUUUGUUUACAAACUGCGUUGACAGGUUGAACUGUAAAGCUACAAAAGAAAAUAAAAAAAAACAAACGAUGGAGAAUAAAUAAACCCGGGUUCAGCAUUUUACGGUUAAAUUUUAAAAAAAUCUUACCCAGUUGUUUUAAAGACGAAAUCCAUAUCAACCGUAGCUGGUUUUAUGGCUUCUGUUUGGUUAAGAGAGGUAAAGGAGGAAAACGGGAUUUAGUGGGAAAAACCUUUUCAGCAAGGCUAGAACCAACGAAACGCUCAGCUAAUCUUGCAAGAAUCUUGUAAGACCAUCUAUUAACUACAUUCGUCGACCCUUUUGCCCUCUAAUUCCCACAGGACGUUUGACUCACAGUUAUCGCGAUAAUCAAUUGUUAACCACUACUAAGUCCGGUACACAAAGUGUAAACAACCAGUCUGAUCAGAGAUCAAGCGAGAACUCUUAACUCUUGACUAAUUCAAGACCUCACCUGUCUGAUUUGUUUAAAAAGCUAAUGAAGCGUAAAAUUGAACGGGGCGCUAAUUAUACCGCGAACGGGGACACGCUCGGUAGUUUUAGCGGCCCGGAACGUUUGCAUCCAUACAAGCAUUCUGUCUUUGCUUGCAGUUCAAGAAACAAACUUGUCAAUGGGCGCGUGAGAGCAGACUUGUUCAACUAAGAAAAAAAGUUUUGUAGAUCUGGAGCUUGAGCAAACUAUAUGAGCUAUCCAAAAAAACGUUUGAAAACUUCGCACCCCAUAGAACGUCAUAUUGGCGAAAGAAGCAUCAAAGAGACUUGUUCACACGUCGCUUCUUUCGAUAAAAGCAGAGAGAAAUCGCGCUGUUACCUUAGGAUUGCUUUGCUUUGUGGAGUACUUCAACUAAACUUUUAGCUCUUUAACUACAUGAGAGCAUUAAUGAUUUAAGUCAAACAAUCUUCAGGAGCCGAUCAAUUAUGCAUGUUCCCACCGCUAUAUACCAUGAGUGCUAUUAGGUUUUGGUCAAAUAGAGUUUGGCAAACGAGAAGCGAGAUAGCGGCCGUGGUUACGUGAAGACGGGCUUUCUUUUUAGUAGUUUAGUUGAAAGAUAGCCUCUCCUCUUGAACACGUAUCCUUGGCUUCAUUAACAACUCCUGUUUGAAUUUUGCGGACCAAGCGGAACUUGAAAAUACGCAAAACAAAGAUCUCCGUGUCCCGUGUAGUUUAAGAGUCUAUGUCAAGGCGAAGCGUUUUAGAGAGACGAGGCAAAGAACAGUGUCAACAGCGGACGUCUUGAGAAAACGGCUUUCAGUCUAGCUGCCGAAGACAUGUCCGGUGAAGCCGAGGGCUUAUGGACCGGCGAAAUCGAAACAAGUUUUCAAGAGGCGCUCGCGAUCUACCCGCCGUGCGGAAGACAAAAGAUCAUGUUGUCGACAAAAGACAAGAUGUACGGCAGGAAUGAAUUGAUUGCGAGAUACAUCCUUAUGAAAACUGGCAAGGUUCGAACUCGAAAACAAGUCGCCAGUCACAUUCAAGUCUUGGCCAGGAAAAAAAUCCGCCAAUUUCAGUCCAGAAUUAAAGAGAAGACAUAUAUAAACGAUGGCCUUCAGGAAAUGAUGACCAUGUCCUCCGCCGAGAUCUUGUCGCCUGUGGUUCACCAGGCGAACGAAGGUUAUGAAUCCUCUUCCUGUUCUGAUAUUCCGCCAGGUCCUCCACCUGCGCUAUUACAGUGCUAUUCCGCUCCGGGCCCGAACCAACAUGCACAGUUAAUGGUGGAAAUUCCCCGACCCCGUACUCCCCCGAAGCUGCAGUUUCCGGUGACAAGAGAGCAUCAAACAGGCAUGUCAGAAUUUACACCCCCUCGUACUCCUUCUAAUAAACUAGAGACCAGCUUUCAUGACAGUGCUUUACAGAGCAGUCUGACUUGGGAAGUACCGGAUAUCACACAGGAGUUAAACUACAGGGAACAGCAAGAAGGAUAUUCUCCACAGUAUAGUAACAGCGCGAGCAAUAAUGCACAUUCAUGGCGCGCAAUCCCUGAAGUGAUCUACAGUUCGAGAUGCAAGGACGAGCCUGUGAUUUCGACGUGCGUUCUUGGCGGUUCGGCAUCGUCUUUGCCCGAGACGCCAACAUUUGACGACUAUCUGGUGUACGACGCCGAUCAAACUUGUCCCUCUAUCGAUUUCUCGGAUAUGUGAAACAGUGGUAAUUAUAAAUCAGAUAUUUUAAAUUUAUUUCAUACAUUUAUAAUUUGACUUUAUUUUAAAAGGCGGGCGUUAUAACGCUUUCAUUUUGUUUUUUUUUUUAGAUAACGGACUUAUGCCCUGGUUUGCCUAUAGAGUAGAUUUAAAAUCAUCUUUCCGGUUAGCCGAUUUCUUCCUUUGUCUAAUUACCUGUCGCAAGUGCGUUACCCACCCCGCUAUUGUGUUACCUGAAAUAUUUUUUUUUUCGAGCAGUAAGAUCAAUCAGAAGAUAUUGCUUGUUUGAUGUCCAGAGAUCUAUGUGAAUGGGAAAGCUUUUGACUUCGACUAAAGUUCGGUUUAACCUACUGUAAUCACUCUACUUGUCAAAUCGAUUUGUUUAAUUUUAUUUUCUUUCCUUUCAGUAACUAGCCUAUUUUCAUGAAACCCUUGUUAGCUAUCUUCAACGAAAAAUACGUAAUUUGCUUGCUUCAUUUCAAGAAUGGUUUGUACUUUUGCUCCUUUUUUUUUGACGGGAGAAUUUCCGAAUUAACUUGCCUAUUUUUUAAGCUGUGUUUUUCUUUUCUUUGCUUCUUGUUCCACCUGCUGCCCGUCUAAACGGUUGACAUGUCAUUGCUGUGUUUUCCUUGCUUUCCUUUCAUCGACCUUGCUUACCUAUUCUUCCAAAACAAAUUCAAUGUUUACCCUUAUCACCAGAUCCUUUGUUCGCCAUGGUUCACUGUUUUCGCUUGUCUCGGUUCACACUUUCGUCAGGGUAGCCUUAAUCCACCAGCUCUGUUCAAGUGCUAUUUAAUUUUCGCUUGAGGGAAGCUCAGUUACUUAAUGUGUUUUACUUGAUUUUUAUCGUAUUUUUUGAUAUAUACAUUACUAGUAUUGUGGAGGAGCACUCAUCCGAUUGGCACAGUGAAGACUACCGAGUUUUCACACUUAGAAAUAUGGUUACUGAGCAAUUGUUUUUCUGAACCUUGUGCAGUUUGGCCCAAUGAAACCAAGUUGUUAAACAAAAUGAGGUCGUAGUUGGCAGUUUUUAAAAUAUUUUCCCUUAACAACUUGGAAUUAGGACGUCAAUAGUCAUUCUAAGGCUUAGAUCUAAACAAACAACAUCGAACGUUUUUGUUCACAACUCCCUCUAUAAGACCCUGCCCAUAAGUGUACUUGCGCCGGACUUUAGGAUCCUUUAUUAGUAGCUCCUACUCAUUGUCUAUAGUUGUGAAGGCGUACUGAUCCCUUGUAAGCGCCAAGAACUGUUAAUGACAUGGUUGUCCUAGUGGGCGGUCUUUGUAAGACCUCUGAAGUUCUAACUGGUGUCAUGGUCCACUGCUUCCCGCUGUGGUUCAUAUUUGCUGCCAACAGAGCUACAAAGUGAAAGAACUUUCCCUUAUAACUUUGCUUUGCCCUGAUUUAGGUUUUCAUCCGGUUAAAAAGUGAAGAAAACUGCUUAGAAAUUGUUUUAAUGGCCUUGAAACUGAUGGAAAGACCCUAAAAUUAAAGUUUCGGAUUUUCUGCCUACAUUCAGUUUGUCAAUGAAGUAAUGGUGUUCAACUUUGUAAGUAAGAUGGCAAAUUCAUCCUUAAACGGUUUUCGGAUCAUUAUUGCCUAGAUUUCCUUGUUGAGCGUGGGCAAUUUUCAAGGUAAAAAGCUAUUCACCAGGGGACGAGGCAGGGAUACGAUAAAUGUGUUUUUGACCUUUUUGUGUCAGCCGGUGUCAAAGCGCGAUAUUUUAAAAAUCCACAGAGACUCUUUCAAACGGUUCUAACGUUCAAAAAAACAUCAAGUAUCGGAUGUGUAUUGAUAUCAGAACGAAUUUAAUCAAUUUAACAGCCGGAAGAAACCUCAGAGCCUUUAAAAGCUAGAAACCUGUUAUCUGUGAGGCAGUGGGGGAAGACAUUCGAUCCAGUGACGGCUUUCGUGCCACGUUGAAUGGAGAUUUUACAAAGCCAGUCAUCGGAACCGUAUAAUCAUUUUUAAAUAAAGUAAAGUUGUUAGCUUUUCUUUGUCAAAAUUCUGUCUUUAAGUAGCCUCCUGAAAGAAUUGGGUGAGAAUUGGGGAACACUUGAAAUACGAAAAGCGAGCGUGAUUGAAAUGAAGUAGAUAUGAGGAUGUCAACGAAAUUUAAGCUUUAUUCUUGUCAUAUAUAUUUCAAGUGUAUUAGUUAUUGUAGAUGUCUUGGAGACCGUGAUGGGUUAAUCUUACGUUUUCUCUUGACGUCUAUUUUGGCAGCGAGAGAUCUUUUGAAACCGAAAAGGACUGGUAUAUACUUGGGCUGUUACACAAUUUCCUCUCUCCAGGCCACUACACUGAUAACAAGUCCCAUUAUAGUCUAUAGUCUAGUCUUGUAUAGUCUAGUCGACAUUAGCAUGGCUUUCGAAAGCGUUUGACCAACUAAAUUAUGGAAGUCAGUAUUUUUUAACUUAUGUCCUUCAGAAAUGGUGACACUGGAAAGAAUAGAAUAGAAUAGCGGGGUAGAAUUAGUUUAUUCUAACAUAUAUUUAGAGUAAAUAUCAAUUCUGAUUCCUUUAAGAACCUAAAAUGUACCUGAGACAAUUUGCUCCCACUUUACAUUGAUCUUUUUAAAUGAGUCUUCGCAAGCCAAGAAGUUACUAAAAUUGAUUCAAGCGUUUGAAUGGAAUCUGUUUACUUUCGUUAUAAAAGUAACAGAUAAGAUAUUUUUAAUCGAUGAUGUCUUAAUUUUGCUGCUUUUUUGCUUUGAUUUUAUGUUUAGCAAGUUCGUUCAUUGGUUUAACCAGCAAAAUGUUCAGUCACUAAUCAGAUCCAACCUGUUUUCAUCCAGCAAAUCAGUUACAACCACAAAACUGAGCGUGACUUGGUUUUUCGCGCUUGGCACGGAUUUCACACUUCUGGUCUGGCACCUCUUAGAAAGUGUUUCGCUCUUUGAUAACUUAUUUUUUCCGUUAUUUAUAAUUUUAAAAUUCUUUGAUCGGAAGCGAUUAGCAAUGACUACAUUUACGGUUCUUGAAGGCUUCAGACUAAAUAGUGAAGAAGUUCAAUAAACUCAGUUGAACUCACCGGCAAAUUAGCUUCAUACAAAAUGUAAAAACUGUACAUUAUAUAUUUUGUUAUACAGAGAACUAUUUUUUUUUCACAUAAACUUUUCACAUACUCAGGGUUUAGCGUUUCUUCAGUCAGUGGUCCAAAUAGUCACGUGACGUAGCCAAAUAAUGGCGUGUUCUGAGAGCUAGCAAAAUAACAAGCAAGAACUUACCAUUGUUAGAAGUUAAUUAAAUGAACAAUAAGUAUGAAUUAUUAGAUAUUUAUUAUCAAUUAUUUAUUAUCAAUAAAUAAUAUAAGUACGAACUAAUAAGCGUGCAAGAACUUCUGCCACCUGCAUUUCUGUUAAAGUGCUAUAUACUAGUUAUGCAUGGUAUUCGAGUCACUUGUAUUUUCUCGAUACACCCACGACCCUUUAAGGGAGUGUGUACACCAAGAAAAUACAAGUUACAGGUGAGAUAUCUCAUGAUAUACCACGAGAGAGUGUUUCAUAUCUACUUUAUACCACGCCGUAUAAAAUACAGUGGCCAACAAAAUCAUGAUGGGAAGGAUCGUCCAGUAUACAACGGUUUUCCUGUAUUGUGAUUGGCUGUAUUUUCUAUGGCAUGGUAUAAUUAUAUAUUUAUCUUUUAGUUAAACUUUUCAGACUUUAGUUCUCCUUGUGGAUGCAUUUCUUUUACCGUUGGUUCUAAGGAUUUGGUACAUCAAGACAUUAGCGAAUUUACGCUUAAUACCUCGAAGACAGCAACAAGAAAACCUCGAAGACAAGACGUUUCCAGUGGAGAGCGGCGCAAUAGUUUUGCACCUGCGCUAUAAAUGUUUGCACGUUUCUUAGCCGUCCUUUACAAAACCACAAGGAGAAUAAAGUCGACAAAUUAUUUACAGUUUUGUUUGUAACGGAACAGAGCCUUGACAGGUUAAAUUAGCGCUGGAGAAAUAGCUCUGACAGACAAACUGAAGAGAUCUUAAGAUUCCAAAUUGAAAUUGACUUUUCAACUGAUCUUGUCUUCAGGGUCACCGUUGUGGUUGCACAAAUUCUCUAGUAUCCUCUAAUUAAUAAAUAGGGGAUAUUACACGGUGGCGAGAAGAUAUGAAUUUUAUGUUCGAUUGGCAAGAA